AUGAGAGGAAUUUCACUAAUAACAUUCUCACUCUUUUCAUUACUUUCUUCUGCUAGUUUCUCAUCAGCUGAUCAACUCAUCCACAAGAAUGAAACAGACCCCCCUAUUUUUCAUUCCCUUGUUUCCUCAUUUGCUUAUCCACUUAAGGGAAAUGUAUAUCCUCGUGGGAUCUUCGUCGCGUUCAUCAAAAUCGGCAAUCCCCCCAAACCUUACGAGCUUGACAUUGACACCGGUAGCGAUUUCACGUGGAUUCAGUGCGAUGCACCUUGCAAACACUGCACCGUGCCUAAGGAAAAACUUUAUAAACCCCAUGACAACUAUGUAAAAGGUUCCGAUCCAUUGUGUUCUUUAGUUCAGCCAAUACCGGGUACUUCUCCUAAGCCAAAUAACCAGUGUAUAUAUAAGCUUGAAUAUGCAGAUCAAGGGACAUCAGAGGGUGCAUUAGUCCGAGACAUUAUACCCGUAGGAACCAUCAAACCCCCCGCAACUCAACCUUUACUCACAUUCGGGUGUGGAUAUGACCAGAGGUUUCCUCCUAAUACACCCCCAUCGGUAGGAGUCCUCGGCCUCGGCGGCGGAAAGAUAAGCAUUGUGUCACAGUUGAACUCUCUAGGGCUUACUCGCAGAGUGUUGGGCCAUUGUUUAAGUUCCAAAGAAGGAGGAUAUUUAUUCUUUGGAGACAAAUUUAUUCCUCGAUCCGGAGUUGUUUGGACCCCUAUAGUUAAGGGACCACACUACAUCGUAGGCCCGGCGGACCUGCUUUUGGACGGAAAGCCUACUUCUGUGAAAGGUCUUCAACUUACCUUUGAUAGUGGAAGCACAUACACUUACUUCACUACCCAGAUUUAUAAUGCUAUUCUUAACCAGGUGAGUGCUAAUUUGAAAGGGAAGCCUCUGAGCAGAUCAGUUAAGGAUAAAACGUUACCAGUAUGUUGGGAGAGUAGUCUGAAGCCUCCCAAGCGUUUCACGUCUAUAAAUGAAGUCAAAGGCUUUUUUAAACCCAUGACUUUAAUCUUCACAACAUCAAAGAAUGUGCAGUUUCAAAUACCACCGGAAUAUUAUCUAAUAAUCUCAAAAAAUGGUUGUGUCUGCUUCGGAAUUCUUGAUGGACAACACAUGAGCGAUAACAUAAUUGGAGAUAUCUUUAUGCAAGAUAAAGUGGUGAUUUAUGACAAUGAGAAACAACAGGUUGGAUGGGCCUCUGCUAAUUGCAAUCCUCAUUAA